AUGUCUUCUCGAAACCGCAGAUCAAGAACCCACUCUACGUUCUCGUUCUUUACAAAAACCAGUUUUGUUUUUCUACUUCUUCUUGGUUUCUGCUAUGGAGCAAGAACAAGUAAGAACAAUGUCUUCAACUCGAAACCACACAAAGAAGUUAACCACGCUGUUUCAUCUUCAUCUCAACAGUUCUUGGGGUUCUUACCACGUCACUUCCCUGUUCCAGGUUCUGGUCCCUCUAGAAAACACAAUGAUAUCGGUUUACUUAGUCGUGACCGAUCUUCUCCGUGA